AUGUCCGGGCUCGAGGUUCUUGGAGCUGUGGCGGCUGCAGUUCAACUGACGCAAUUGACGGCCAAGACGGUCGGCUUCGUGCGGAAAAUUUCAGAGAUCGGGUCCCAAUAUUCUGACCUGUGUGAUGAGAUUAAUUUCAUCAAAGACAUCUGUGAUGAGGUGCAGAAACACUCAAGCACUGGUAAUAUCACAGCUGGAUUUCUAGUACAGAAGAAGGAGCUGCUGGAGAGUACUAAGACGACGCUUGAGGAAAUAUCGAAACAGUUAGAGAUCAUAAAAGAAAAGUCGGAGCGCUUCACGAAGCAGGGCGAGCCUAAGGCUAGCAAGACGAAAUGGAUCAUCAGGGAAGGGAAAAUCGCCACGCUGCUCGAGAAGGCCCAGAAAGCUAAGACGAACCUCAGUAUCUCCAUGAACAUUCAAUCAGCCAUUGAGAUCGGGGAAGCGAAUAAGACGAUGCAAGCAAUGAGCCUCCAGAUACAUGAAAUCUAUAAGCUCAUGGCAGAGAGAAUGCUGACGCAGGAAUGCGCCGUGAUCUUCGCCCGAGACAAGUCUCUUAUUCAGCAAGUCGAUGAUGUGACUUCGAUGGGGAUCCGAGAGUUUGAGGUUGAUGAUCAAUAUCCGGGCAGUGAUCGAAUGGACCCACAGGUGGAAGAACCUUUGACUGUCGCCGUCACGGAUCAGACGAUUGAAAGAACGACCGCAUGGAUGGCUUUGCAGAAGAAGUGCUCUUACGAAUGCCGGUGCCGAUGCCACGCUAACCUUUGUCAGUUAUCGAUCGGACCGCUACGGUUGAGCUUCAGACCACCCACGGCCAUGAGCAAGUGGGAACGGGACUGUGGCUGCAACAAGUCUGAAGUGUUGUCCGUGGGAUGGAGGCUUCCUGGCCAGCGAUAUGCUGAUGUCCUCGCCUGUGGCCAAACAUACUCACUCUACGCUCUUCGCCCUGCGAGGACGAUUCCGUGGGCCCAAGUGGAAUGGAGAUAUCCGGAUCUGCCAGUGUAUUACUUUCGAAGAGCCUUGCAACAGGGAAUGAUCUUGUAUCCAGAUGACCAAGACGAGACGGGGCUUAUGUUUGUUGAACACCUCAUCAACUACGGAGCCUUUGAGAUACUCGAGGUGCUUCUAACUGUAUGGGGAACAAUUUUGCCCAAACAACGCUUCUCAAGAUGUGCUAAAUGGGGCAAUUUGACCAGACGCAUUGGAUGUCGAGCUAGACGUUCAAUGAGACACAGAAAUUGUGACGAGAGCCGAGGCAGACUGCUGAAACAAGUCAUGAAUUAUGCGGAGGAUGAACUAGAGCCGGAGAUGACGCCGCUCCACGAGGCAGCGAGGCAGGGAUGGGGCAUGGAAGAGGCUGUCGGGGCAUUGAAAUUGCAUUCAUACACGACAGAUGCUAUCGAUGCGCGGGAUGAGACAGGCUAUCCGGCACUACAUGUGGCUGUGAUGAAGGGACAUCACAGAUGCGCACAGGUGUUGAUUGAGGCUGGUGCUGAUGUCAAUCGGCAAGCUACCGAUGGAUACACGCCACUGAUGGUGGCAGCGUCAUAUCACCAAAUCGGAAUAAUGCGGUUGCUUCUGUCGCGAGGGGACUCUCGCAACAGAAUUGACAGAAGAGAGCGACGCUAUGCGAAUGGAAAGAAUCGGAAUGGUCGAACUGCGUUGCAUGUUGCUGCCGUUUCCUGCAAUCCCAAAGCUGUACAGCUGCUCCUAGACGAGGGAGCGUCCGCCUCUGAGCGCGACUCUUAUGGCUACACCCCCUUGCAUUACGUGGCUUUGCAAGUCGGUAGUGAUAGUAUUGGAAUAAGCCAAGUCGGCCGCAUUUUCGAAUUACUGCUCGGUACAGGAGGAGCAGAUAUCAAUGCAACAGAUUUCUAUGGACAGCCCCCAUUGAUGCUCGCGGUGGCUCGAAACCGGCUCGCUGUAACCCAACACCUCAUCAAUGCAGGUGCCUCGCACACAAGCGUUACGACAAAAUCAGAGAAUAUAUUGCAUCACGCCGCAUUUUAUAGCAAUCUAGAUAUGUUGCAGCUUCUCCACCACCUGGAGUUAUCUAAAAUUAGUGUUCGGCUCCACGACAUAGGUGGUGAUAAUCCAUGGGACGUUUUCAAACGGCGUCUUCAUCUACCCCCGGAGCACGAGCUUCACGGCCGCAUACCAACUAAAGAAGAAGGCGAUGCUUUUGUAAAUCUGUACAGAGGUAUUCGGGAAAGGAACAAUGAGGAUGACUGUUCCCUCCUGACGCAGGCACUCGAUUGUCUAUUAUCAGCUAACCCAGCUGCUUCAUGUCGUCAUCUGUCAAUGCUGAUCGAGAACAAGAAAGCCUGUGGUGAGCUGGAGCCUGCUGGAUACUAUUCAGGCAUAAAGGGAAGUAUUAAUGCUGGUGACCACGAGGCCGCAAUCAAGUGGAUUGAGGACGAUCUCCGCGAACUCCGCCACGAGUUAGCUACAGACCCAUGGGAUCAGACCUCGCGUUGGGAUUCACCAGGGCCUCUUGUUUUUAGAUAG